UGGAUUCCGGAAGGGGCGGCGAGUGCGAGGGGAGGGCCGUGCGUGUGGGAGAUGUCCGGAAGCGGCCGCGCUGGCGCGUCCAAGAGGAAAAGGAAUUGGCGUGUAGAGCACCCAUCCUUUCUAGAAGAGAGGCCACAGCAGUCGAGAAGAGCAAAUUUGAAGACAGUGGAAGCAGCUGCCUCUCUCUCUAAAGCAUGGCUCAAGUGUGGAGAAGGAUUUCAGGACACUUCUGAGACCCUGUCACUAGCAAGUGAAAAGACAGCUAUUACUGGAAAGUCCCUGGAAUUAUCUUCAAGUCCAAAGAAAGCAGAAACAGCAGGUGAGAGUCCUAGUGAGGUGGCAGAUAUCACAUGGAGUUCGAGUGGAAGUGAUUUCUCAGACGAAGAUAAGACCCUCCCUCAAUUACAGAGAGAUGGACGUGGCUAUGUCGCAGACAGGUUUUGUAGCAGGAUGAUUUCAUGUCCAGAAGAUGGAGCCACUGAAGAUGAAUUACAGUUUAUUGACUGGGAGAUCAACAGUGACAUGGAAGAUCCUGGGGGGCCAAGUGAAUGUGACGAUGGUGAGGGGGCCGUGGACAUCUCGGAUUGUGCUUCUUGUGCAAGCAGUCAUUCUUUGACAAACGAUGACAGGCUCUGUGAGCCCCCUGAGCCAAUUUCUACAGAAAUUGUGGAGUAUUCAUCAGAUAGUGACAAAGAAGAUGACCUAGAGAAUGCCCUCUUCAUUGAUUCAGAAUCCCCUCACAAAUACCAGAUGGAUUUUAAAUCAGAUGCAAGACAGUCUUUGAACAGACAGACUGACUCAGGGGCAAAUUCAACUGAGCCUGUAUUGAGCACACCCCAGAAAUAUACAGCCAAUUUUCCCAAGACUCCAGAAAAUUCAGCAACAAAGAAGAAGCUCUUAAGAGGUGGACUAGCAGAAAGACUAAAAGAACUGCAGAAUCGAGAGAGAUCUGCCAUUUCUUUGUGGAGACAUCGAUGUGUUUCUUACCAAAUAACAUCGUUAGGCAGAAAAUCUGGUGUAUUAACUGUGAAAAUUCUAGAGCUACAUGAGGAAUGCACCAUGCAAGUUGCAGUGUGUAAGCAGCUAGCAGGGCCACCAGCCAGCCCUCCCAGGGGAAUAGCUCCUAGACUUGGGGCCUGCCUGAAGGUUCUCUUUACCAGAGAGACUGCAGACCACCUGAGGGGGCAUCCCCAGGACAUCAUUUACAUCUUCCCUCCUUGGCAGAAACUUCUUAUCCCAAACGGAACUUGCUCUAUUAUUCUGAAUACUUAUUUUUGUCAGAAGGCUAUUGCAAAAGAAACAAUGCAUGAAGUAUACUGUCAGGACACAUCUCACCCAAGAAGAAAUAUAACUUUGGCUCAGAUGUUUAGAAUUGAAGACAUAACAAGUAGUUCAUCCAGAAGUCAGAUUACAUGUAGUGGUCUGACCACCACUGGCACAGGCUGGACCCACGGCCAUGACAAGGCAGAGCUACAUCUUGCAGUUGGUGCUCCCCUGAAGGAUUCUCUUCUGGACAUUGUGGAAAGCCAAAGAGCAGGCCCAUGGUCUGGAGUUGGGGUCCGAGUAGUAGUGCAGAGGGUUUAUUCCCUUCUUAGCGGAGACGGUGCCAGGAGCCAACAAGGGCACACAGUGGGGCAUGAAGAUUCACCUGGAGCAUGGUCCUGCCUUUUAGUGCAGGAUGCCUGCGGGAUGUUCGGUGAAGUAUACUUGGACGGCACCCUCUGGAAGAACAUACAGUUAGAAGGGAGGUCCUGCUGCAUGGCGGGAAUGAGGGCUGUACAGAAGACCACAAGAGGAAGGACACCAGGGCUCUUCAGUUUAAUUGACACCAUGUGGCCCCCAGUGAUGCCUCUGGCUGAGCCUUCCUGUGGUGAGCCCAGUGAAGAGAUGAAGACUUGCCUGCCUCCUCCUACCUUCUGUUAUAUAUUCUCUGUGCAUCCGAGCCUGGGACACGUCGAUGCAAUUGAAGGGGACCCCAUUUCUGAGCUCUAUCGGCCUCCAGUUGUCCACUGCUUACGAGAAAUCCUCCAGACUGAUGGGCAUGGCACGCGCUGUAGCUUCUAUGGCAGAGUGAUUUAUCAAAGACCACAGCUAAAGAAUCUUUUGGCACAAAAGGAAAUCUGGCUGCUGGUGACUGAUAUCACCCUACAAAUACAGGAUGAAAGGGACCAUUACCUUCCCAAAACCCUGCCGAUCUAUGUAACUCCCUCAUGUGUGCUGGGCCCAGAAGUUUUAGAAGGACUCACCAUGGCUGUGCCUCAUAACAUACUCUUCAGGGAUGCCCUCCGAGACAAGGGUCAGAUUGUUUGUGUUGAGCGGACAGUCCUCCUACCCCAGAAAUCCCUCUUGUAUGUGCCUUCUGGUGCUAGUUCCUGUGACCUGCCUGGCCCAGUGAUACUGGAUGAACUGGGCUCCCUCACGCCUGUCAACUCCAUUUGCAGUGUGCAAGGUGCUGUGGUUGAUAUAGAUGAGAGCACUGCUUUUUCAUGGCCUGUGUGUGACCGGUGUGGCAAUGGGAGAUUGGAACAGAAGCCAGAAGAUGGCUCUUCCUGUCCUUAAAAGUGUAGAACUGAGCUUUGUACUUAGCUCCUUCAUUAUUAGGAGAAGAAAGAAUAAGUACAAAUGUGAACAGGUAGGACACGCUGCAUGGCAUGUCUAGGACCCCUGCACUUUCCCAGGAGACAGUGAGCAGCUGCAUGGCAUGUCUAGGACUCCUGCAGACUUUCCUGGGGACAGUGAGCAGCUGCAUGGCAUGUCUAGGACUCCUGCAGACUUUCCUGGGGACAGUGAACAGCUGCAUGGCAUGUCCAAGACUCCUGCAGACUUUCCCAGGAGACAGUGAGCAGCUGCAUGGCAUGUCUAGGACUCCUGCAGACUUUCCUGGGGACAGUGAACAGCUGCAUGGCAUGUCUAGGACUCCUGCAGACUUUCCCAGGAGACAGUGAGCAGCUGCAUGGCAUGUCUAGGACUCCUGCAGACUUUCCUGGGGACAGUGAACAGCUGCAUGGCAUGUCUAGGACUCCUGCAGACUUUCCCGGGGACAGUGAGCAGCUGCAUGGCAUGUCUAGGACUCCUGCAGACUUUCCCAGGAGACAGUGAGCAGCUACAUGGCAUGUCUAGGACUCCUGCAGACUUUCCCGGGGACAGUGAGCAGCUGCAUGGCAUGUCUAGGACUCCUGCAGACUUUCCCAGGAGACAGUGAGCAGCUGCACGGCAUGUCUAGGAUUUCUGCAGACUUUCCCGGGGACAGUGAGCAGCUGUCGGUAGACACCCCUCUGCUGCCCACUUUUCUUACCCUCCUAGGCUGAGGUCAAGGCUAACUAUUUGUUUUGGUUAUGGUUUCUGUGUUGUGAUGAAACACCAUGACCAAAAAUAAGCUGAAGAGAAAAGGGUUUGCUUGGAUUACACAUUGUAGUACAUCACUGAAGGAAUUCAGGACAGGAACCCAAGCAGGGAAGGAACCUGGAGACAGGAGCUGAUACAGGGGACUGAUGUUUACUGGGUUGCUCCCCAUGGUUUGCUCACCCUGCUUUCUUACAGAAUCCAGAACCAUCAGCUCAGGGUUGGCACAGACAGCAAUGGACUAAGCAUCAGUCACUAGUUAAAAUGCCCUUCUGCCUGCAGCCUAGUCUUGGGAGGCAUUUUCUCACUUGAGGCUCCCUCCUCUCAGAUGACUAGUUUGUAUCAUGUUAUCAUACAGCUAGCCAAGCACAGUGUCAGAACUGUUGGUGUCUCUGGAGUUGCUUCUCUGCCUCCUGGUGGACUGUGUCACAGGACAGACCAAAGAGUGUCCUCAUCACUUGUUUCCUAGAAGCCAAGAGCAUGGCUGAGAGACAUUCAGCAGUUCAGAGCAUGGGCUACCUCAGAGGACCAGGCUGGGUUCCCAGGACCCACAUGGCAGCUCACAAAUGUCUGAUGCUCUUUUCUGGCUUCUUCGAGUGCCAGGGGUGUACAUGGUAGACAGAAUACAUACAGGCAAAACAGCCAUAUACAUAAAAUAAUUUUAAUUAUUCUUUUUUAAAAGAAGCAAAGAACAUAUAUCUUCUUGGUGCCUACUGGCUUGCUGGCCUUGUGUGUACACAAGUCACUUCUAGAUUAUGUCAAAGAAGCAUGGGUCCAUGUGAAGUCAGUGUGGGAGUGAAGAUACCAGGGUUGAUGAUUAAGCUUGUCCUGACAGAGGGUGAAAACCCCAUUCCCUGACCUUCACUCCCUAGAAGACUACCUUCCCCCCAUGCUCCUCAUGAAUAAUGCGUCUUCAGCUUCCAACUGUUAAUCCAUCAGAACAGUCCAGUCCCUGGCUGCUUCUAAUAAUUUAAUUCUGACAGCAAAAUUUCUGCCACUUAACAACUGUGUUUAGAGAAUUCUCUCUUUGCUGGAGAACUCUUCUGAUAUGUCCCUCCCUUGUUGCUUACGUUCCCCAUGUUCCUUCACACAACAGAGGCUCCUUCUCCUGUGGGGACUGUUUGCAACUGGUUGUGUCCCCUCUUCAAAAGAGGCAACUGCACGUCUUUCUGGACUGUCCCACGAGACCCAAGAGUACUGUGAAGG